CUUUCUCAGGCCAAGCACACCAGCAACUUACAAUGGCUCCCCGCGGCUCCGCAUACAACACCGACUGGAUCCUUUCCAACAGCUCCAACAUUCACGUAGCCAACCACCGAGACUGGUUCACUGAAUUCCACAAGCUGGAAUCCCACAUCGCGGUCUUUCCCCAUGCGCCAGCGACGACAGAGGUCUGCGGGAUCGGAACCGUCGUUUUAGAGACACGCACCCGCCGGAAAUGCAAGACGAUCACUCUUGAGAAUGUGCUAUACGUUCCAAGCUACAUGUGCAACAUCUUCGCCUUUCGCGAGGAAAAUGCGUACCAGGUUGGAUUGCUCGAGAAGAAAUCGAUCACCACACGCGCCGGUCAGGUCGUUGGCUUGGUCAUCGAUGGUCCUCUCCAAAAGCUGUUGCUUAAACGUCAACGCAAGACCCAGACCAGCCUUGAUUCCGAUGGCACGUACUACAUCCACGCGAGCUGGCCAUCGAGGGAUACAUAUGUGGAGCCACAAGAGUACCGCCCAGCUCCAGCGCCUGCCAGGGUGAAAGCUCGCAAAAUCUCCGUCCCGCCACUCACAACCGCGCAGAGAAGAUUCGUCAGAGAGCACUUCGGGAGCGAGUUCAAGUUUCUGAUCAUGUAUGGUCUCAAGAUUCACAUCUGCAAACAACGGGCGGAAGGGCGUGCUAUCCUCAAGGCAAUCAUGGCUGCCGACGAUGGUGACAGUGGCGAAGGCAGCAACAACAAUAACGAUAGCGAACAUGUCCUUCUCCGGCCAUUGACCACAGCCGAAAAGGAAUUUCUCAAACGCCACUACCGGGGUGAAUUUAGGUUCCUCCGCAUUCACGGUCUCCGUAUCCAUGACCGGAAGCAACGUGCGGAGGGACGCGAGAUCCUCAGAACUAUCAUGGCUGUGGAUGAUGAUACCACCGAAGACGAAGACGAAGACCGCAGCUGCAUAAGCGAUUCGGACGAUGGAAGUGAGGACCCCGGGUAUCUGAUUGCGAGAGACUUCAGGGACGACCCAAUGUCUCACGUCGCCGAUGUCUACUUCUCCUCGGAACAGUUGGACUGGAUCGAGACAAACUGGCGCCAUUCUGCUGGCUUCAUGCCAGCCAUGACUUCCACCAAUCCGGAGAACGAAUCCUCCUCGCUACCACGCCUCACCGACGCCGAGAAGAAGUUCCUCAAAGACUACGACGGCGAAUUCAAGUUCCUCCGCUGCUACCAGCUGAAGAUCACCGACGAGGAAGAACGUGCGGAAGGUCGCGCUAUCCUGAAGGCUAUCAUGGCUCAGGAGAAUGAGCCCGAGUGGCAGCACGACGCCCGUGCUCUGGCAGAGCUCGAGGAAGAUCCGACUUCUCACAUCGCGGACUGGCAUUUCGGAUACGAUCAAUUGGAAUGGAUGGCGAAGCAUUAUCGCCAUUCUGGAGGGUUCAUGGUGGCCCAUGGGCUGAAGCCGGACGACGAGUUGGAAUGCGAGAAGGCUAUUGGUGUCGUGAGGGGAUUGAUGGAGAAGUGA